AUGGCUGGCCGCUCGGCCUUCUUUGCAACCUCGCCAUUUGCCGAGUGUCGUACGCGCCGCUGGUUCGAGGCGAUUGUCAACUCGCCCCACAUGAUCCCAGGGCUAUACACCGAGGACGAGAUGCCCGAGCUGCUCGGCGGCAAACACCAGAUGUACGCCCUCGCCGCCAACCCUGCGUCUCGGAGGCCUGCAGAAGCGUGGGCCAGCGUUGAAGUCGGGUGGGCGAGCCCGCUCGCGCGAUUCUACUACAUCCUCCUUGACGAAUGGAUCAGCAUGCGAACCCAAGUCAACUUGCCAGGUCAAAAGACGACGAUUGAUUACUUUCCUACCCCGCGCGAUGUCUGGUCUACGACACACCCCACCACUGAGCCUGACGGUGACGACCAACACAAGCUGUACGCCUUCAUGGUCGACCCGAUCCACCACCCUGCCUUUCCUCCCGGCUCGCUGCUCCCUGAUCCAGAGCUCGACCUGGCCUUGCCCGACAUUGCAGAGCUGAUCGACUUGGAAGCACCUCUUGUCGCUCUCCGUGCCACACGCCGUGCUCGAGGCGCAGAGGUGAUUGACCUCGACAUGCUGAGGCGUGAGACACAACCACCACCCUGUUGA